AUGGCCGACUCUGACUCUCCGGUCACGCUGCGCACGCGCAAGUUCAUCCGCAACCCGCUGCUCGGUCGCAAGCAGAUGGUCGUUGACAUCCUCCACCCCAACCGCGCCAACAUCUCCAAGGAUGAGCUCCGCGACAAGCUCGCCGGCAUGUACAAGGCCCAGAAGGACCAGGUCAGCGUCUUCGGUCUCCGGACCCAGUUCGGUGGCGGCAAGACGACCGGCUUUGCCCUCAUCUACGAUUCCCCCGAGGCGAUGAAGAAGUUCGAGCCCCACUACAGGCUGGUCCGCGUGGGCCUGGCCACCAAGAUCGAGCGCGCGAGCAGGCAGCAGCGCAAGCAGCGCAAGAACAGGCAGAAGACCCUCCGGGGUACGGCGAAGGUCAAGGGCCCCAAGCCCAAGAAGGAGAAAUAA